AUGACCACUGAAAGCACGUGGAUUCCAGGUUGGAUACGUGGUGAAAAGAUUGAAGAUAUUAUUUUUAUUGGCAGAGACGUUCUCGCUUGGUCCACUGGUGUUCAUAUUAUUUUUCUACAAAUUAGUAGCAAAAAACGAUUCAUAAAACGUUGCAUUGAUCAGAGUACUGGUGAUGGUGCUUGUUGUCUUUCAGCACAUACCACCCAUUCGAUAUUUGCGUUUUCUGAAAAAACACUUCAACCUAGAAUCCUGAUAUAUCAUUAUCCUUCAUUAACAAAGAUUUCCGAAUGCGUACGUGGAUCCAAAGGUGGUUAUUUGGCAACUGCAUUUACCGCAAACGAUUAUCUACUGUCAAUUGGUUAUUUUCCUCAUUUUCCAAUGACACUUUGGUCUUGGAAAACUGGUGAUAAAAUUAUCGAAGUUAACACACACAUUCGAGAUGACGUAGGACAAAUGCUCAAAAUUAAUCAAAUUGGACCAACACUCGUAGCACAAAUGGGAAAAACUUGUGGCAAAUUUACAGAUUAUGAGAUAAAAUUACCAAAAGAUGAGAAGAUACGUUGGGUAGAUUGGUGUCCAUCACCGUGUGAUCCAAUUUUAGCGAUCACUGAUCAUGAUGGUCAUGUAUAUUUGAGUAACGAGGAUGGUACUGAUGUGCAUCGUAUUAUCCUAUCACAACAUUGCCAAGUAUGUAAAGAAUAUGAGAAUCCAAUUGUUUGUUGGUAUCGUAAUGGAAUCAUUUUGAAAACUACAUUUUGUCAAAUACGUUAUUACAAAAAGGAUACUAAUUCUAAUACUUGGAACAAAUUGUGGUCUAUCAAAUCUACGAACAAACCUUACAUACUGGUGACACAUCCUUUAAAAGAUGAUUGGUUAUUUUAUUACACUAUCGAAAGACAUUUGAUGCAAAUUCAAUUUGUGGAAAACCAAACUACACCUACGGUAGAAAAAUAUUUGCAUCAUGGUAUUAAGUAUCGUUAUCUUGAUUUUAUAUAUCCAUGGUGUCAUCAUGUGGUAGCGAUCAGUGAAGAUUUGAAAGAUUUGAUUGUAUUAGAGUGUAAAAGUGGAUUAGAAAUAGGAAAAAUAUCUCCAGAAACGAUAGGUGAUAUUUCCUGUCAAGCUUCACAUCCAGAUUAUCCAUUGAUCACAUUGACUACCAAUCAGGGUGAAGUAUUGAUGAUUAGUACGAUCGAUCCAAAGAAUCCUGAGAUUAUUUUGAAAAUGAGAUUGUAUAAAAAACCACUGGAUUUGAUCAAAUUUUCUUCCUCUGGCAGGUCUCUCGUUGUGGGUUAUAAAAUAUCUGGUGAUUGUUUUUGCAUCAGUUUAAAAGAUAAUUCGUACACGGUGAUAGGCCAAGUUCGUUUGAAAAGAAAAAUCAACGAUGUUUUAUUAUUUGAUUCUCGAAAGGGUAUUAAAUUAUUUGCUUUAAUCGUCACAUCGAUAAAAUAUCUCGUUGGAGAAAAAAUUGCCAUUUAUGAGGUGUCCAAGGAACAAGUUAGCUCUGAUGAAAUGAUCGCAACAUUGAAUUUACAAGCCCCAUUUCGUAAUAUUUAUACCGUACCUGGAAAUCAUCAAUUAAUUGUGGGUACACCUUAUUUGACACGAAACUUACACGUAUUGAAAUUAUUAGAAACAAAAUCUAACAUCAUCAAAAUCGUCAAUUCAAUGCGAACGAAUCAUAAUUACCGUUGUGCACGUCUCUUUGUUGAUCGUAAUUGGUUGACAACUGCUGCAUACGAUGGUUUGAUCAUCGUCAGAGAUAAGUUGAUUAAAGAAAUUGUAGGGACUAUGAUGACACAUCAUAGACAGGAUUUUGGAACUGUUAAAGGUCUGGUUAAUCCUAAUGCUAAUUUGGCUGUUGUCCUUGGUCAUGAUGGUUCGUUGGUGGGGAUGAAAAAAGUAGAACAAAUGGAUGAUGUUACGAAGAAAUUGUAUCCAGUUGAUGAAUUUACAUCUGAGAAAGAAGAAAAUGGUAUACUUGAUGAUUAUGGUACCUUGACUACAUCGUUGGUUAGUCUACUGAAUCCGGCAAAACGAAGAUUAAAUAAAUUCGAAGAGGAGAUCGAUUUGACCUGGGUCGAUUGGAUAGCAAGGAAAAUAUUAAAGGAAGAAGAAAAUGUAUGCGCCGAGGAAAGAAGUAGUAUAAUGAAGGACUUCUUGGUUCUGAAGAACGUCGUCGUAGAAAUGUUGAAUAAGAACGAAAUCGUUCCAGAGCUUGAGAGGUUACCGGUGUCGGAUUUCGACCUCGACAAGGCCGAACGCGAACACGCGAUGAAAGUAGCUAAAGAUGCUCGAGAAGAUAAGCGAUUGGAGCACGAGUUCAAUUGCAGUUCUAUGGACCAUAUUGCUGCAUGGAUUAAAACAAAUUAUUGGGAUUUACAAAAGAUUCUUGCCAAGUCGAUCUUUUCCAUAACCGGUUAUUUCGAAGUGACGAAUUUUCCAUUCUUUGUUGAAAAUCCUAAUGUUAGAGAAGCCACUGAUUUUGCAAUAUUUCAAAGACAAUUUUUACAAAGCAUCAAUAAACCCAUUUAUUUUCGAGCAUGGCGUAUUUAUACCGAAUCUCAGUUUAAACUUGCCACGGUUAAUCCAUUACAAUUGAUUCGCGAAGACGAAAGGAUAAGAAUGAAGGAACUCUUGCAAGAUGAGGAACGUGAGAUCGACCAAGAAGAGAUAGAAGAGCAAAGGGCUUUCGAAGGUAUGACGAGCCACCGAUUCAUCGAGCCAUCCCCUUAUUAUUACUCGCAGAUGGAAUCUUAUGGGUUCUUUCAGGUGAUACUGAACAAUCAUUAUCUGAUGGACGAUUGUAAUAAACUACGAUCUUACUUCAAUAAGAUUUUUAAUGAGAUUUAUGAGAAAAAGGAACGCGAAAUGAAAGUGAUUGGGGAUAAAAUCGAAAGGAUACGUUACAUUGAUUCAGAAUUAAAAAGUAUGUUCGAUCGUUCGUUGCCAUGCUUGCCUUCAGAACCCACGUGGCAUAUUAAGGAACAACCUGAAAGAAUUAUACGAGUUUUGGAUCACGAAGUUAAGGUUAAACCUUAUAUUUCACCGUCGCAACAAGAAAUUUUAGACAAACAAGCUAUCGAAGCUGAAAGGAUCAGACAAUUGUUAUUAGCCGAUGAUUUUCGUGAACGUGCACUUAUGGCAAUGAUGGAUGGUGUAUUGGAAGUUCGAUGGGAAGACACUAUUAAGAAGGACAUACCUAAACCCAAGUGUAUGCUGAUCAAACAACCGGAAGAUUAUACGGCUGAGGAUAUUCGUGAAGUGAAAAAAUAUGAAGCUGAUGUUGAAAAUCUUUUGGAAAAUCGUGAACGUUAUAAAAAAAUGUUAGAAGCUGAUUACAUUAAAGUGGAAUCCUCAUUGCAAGAGGGCAUUGAUAAAUUUAAUUCUAAAUUAAACGAAGUAUACCUGUUGAAAUUGAAAUUGAAAGCUGCUAUCAAACAAAUGGAAUUUCGUAAGGUGCGUGGUCUUCUACGAAAUUAUACACGCAAAAAUUUGUUAAUGCCAAUGGAAGCAAUGUACAAUCGUGAGAAAAUUUUAGACAAAAAGUUUAGAUUAGAAUUUCCAUCAUUGGGUAGAUCAUCCGUGGAUCUUCUUUCACGUCAAUACAAACGUCGACCGAGAACCAAUUUAAAGAACGUCACUAUGACUGAUUUACUCGAUCUAAGUAGAUGCGUGAUUAGUCGAACGAAAUUAAUUUAUUUACCAAUCAUAUGUAAAGAAUAUUUGAAAAUCAUUGACGAAUUGGAUUUACGACCAAGUACAUUACCAUCUUCGAUAGAAGAAAAUCAUUGGGAACAUUUAAAAAAAAUACGACGUCAACGAAUCGAAUUGGAAUUGAAGAUCAAAGCACAGCAAGUAGAAAUUGAUCGAGCUGAAAGAAAACUUAGACAAACAUUGAAUCAAAUGAACGAAGACAGAAGAAUCUUUGAUUUGAACAUGGAGAUACAAAUGGUUAUGAGAAUUGGUCAGGUGGAGAUAAAUUUACGUGGUAAUUGCGACGAAACCAUAAAUGCAAUUCUGAUACCUAGAAAAGUGAUCGAGGAAGCUAACGUGUUGAUUGGUAAGGCGGGAGAAUUUAAAUUAAAGGCGGUAGGGCAUAAGAUUAAUUUUCUGAAGACGAUACGGAACAAGGAAUGGGUACAUCGAACAUUAAAGAUGCGUAUCGAUGAUCUUCAAGAUGAUUUACGUUUCAUACGAGGUACAAACGUCACUCGAGAGAUACGGAUAUAUUUGAAACGAAGGGUUAGAGGUUUGAAAGAGGACAGGACAGCCCAACGUUUGGAAAGGGAACUCAAAACCAUGCAAAAUCAUUUUGGCAAAAGCCUCGUUGAAUGGGCUAAGAGACUCAAAGAGGUCGAUGAGAAGAUCGAUAGAACCAAGAGGAAAAACGAUCUUCUCGAUCUUAUGAUAAUGAACAUGAACGUGGUAAGGUGCGAGAUGGAGCACAGCCGUGAUCUUAUCAAUGAAGAGAAGCAAAGUCGGUUCGUGGACCGGAAGAUGCAGAUGAUCACGAAGAGAUCCGAUCUGAUCAAGGAACUUCAACAUAAUUAUGUAGAACUUUUGAUUAUGCAAAAGGAACACCAGCUGUUAUGUUUGCGACGUUAUCCAACUUUUGAAGUAUUUAAAGUACUUGACGAGUAA